UUGUCUCUGUGGUACCGUUAUGGCAGUCGCCCCAGCAAGCGGCUCUGAAGCUGAAAUCCAGACGGGAUUAUCGACAGAACCGCCGCCGUGAUGUUUCCGCCUGAAUGUUUGCGUCCGCUUCCCACUAUUUAACGGUUACUCGAGGGAAAGUCGAGCCGGUGGGGGCUCGUCCGUGGGCCGCCUCUCACUGGCAAACAGCGACUGGACCGCUUCUCCAUUCAGUCGCCGAACCUGGACCAGUGACACGGUAGAGCCGCCGCUGACAGACGCUUUAUAUUUCAAGCAAACGUUUUCACGGGGAGCAUGACUUAAAGCUGCGCAACUGGUGUUGAAAGUGCGGGUUUUAUCCGGGUUGGAGCUUAUUGACUGCUUAGCAUCCGCAGCUAGCUUCUUAGCUCGGUGUGGUUUCUCAGCCGUUCCAAUGCCGUGAUUCGACCAUGACUCGCUUCCGCCGGGACCACGACGCGGCAGCCGGGCCUCCUCAGCACCAGACCCUCCUCUCCGGUGACGAACGCAGUGACGAACUGGACCGGUGACACGCACUCGCUGACAGCGGAGCUCCUGUCUGCACCUUGUUGCGUCUGAGGUGGAACAGCCUGCUUCAGUUUUGGCAUCCCUCCUCACCAGAGGUCACUCUUCCUGGCACCAUGGGGGCACAGACCUGCUCUGCCUCCGAAGGACUCUGGACUGCUGUGGUCUAACAAGGUGUGAGAGGUCAUCAUGGACUACCACGCAGAACACUGCUUCUGUGAUGCGGACGAAGGCUCGGACGAACCUCUCCACAGCAUCCACGCUCCCAACCGGAUACGGCCGUCCUCCUACCGGGCCCUGAGGAGCGCCGUGUCCAGCCUGGCCCGCAUCGACGACUUCUUCUGCGAGAAAAUAGGAUCUGGGUUUUUCUCAGAAGUUUUCAAGGUGCAGCAUCGCAUCACCGGCCAGGUGAUGGCGCUGAAAAUGAACACGCUGGCCAGCAACAAGGCCAACAUGCUUCGAGAGGUGCAGCUCAUGAACCGCCUGUGUCACCCCAACAUCCUGCGGUUCCUCGGCGUCUGUGUUCACGAGGGGCAGCUUCACGCUUUGACUGAGUACGUCAACGGAGGCAACCUGGAGCAGCUGCUGGACAGCGACCUCUACUUGUCGUGGAGCGUCCGCGUGGGUCUCUCUCUGGAUAUUGCCCGGGGACUGCAGUACCUGCACAGCAAGGGCAUUUUCCACCGGGACCUCACCUCCAAGAACUGUCUGGUCCGCUGUGACAGCGGCUCCUUCACCGCCGUGGUUGGAGACUUUGGCUUGGCUGAGAAAAUCCCCGACUACAGCGACGGUGUGGAGAAGCCUCCGCUGGCCAUUGUCGGCUCCCCCUACUGGAUGGCACCGGAAGUUCUGAGAGGAGAGCUAUAUGAUGAGAAGGUGGAUGUGUUUGCCUACGGCAUCAUCCUGUGUGAGAUCAUCGCCCGCAUCGAGGCGGAUCCCGAUUUCUUGCCGAGGACCGAGGACUUUGGCCUGGACGUGGAGGCGUUCGAGCACAUGGUGGGCGACUGUCCGCCGCCAUUCUUCAGCCUGGCCGUCACCUGCUGCAACAUGAGCGCCGAGCUGCGUCCGUCGUUCUGUGACAUCGUCUUCACGCUGGAAGCCAUGGAGACGGAGGAAGAGGAGGAGGAAGAGAAGCCCAUUAAGCUUGAGCCGGUGGCUGCAGACUCCAGCCCGUACCGGGGCCCCAACUCGCCCUGCCGCCCUAGAGACCGCGUCCCGCUGAGGCCCGGCUUGGCACGGAGCCAGUCGGACCUGCUGCCCCCGGCGACGCUCACCCCGCCGCUCCUCGGGACCCCGGUGCGGGUCAACCCCUUCAUUCUCAGGCAGGACCUGAACGGAGGCCGGUGCAAGCUUUUGGACACGCCCAGCAAGUCGGUCAUCUCCCUGACCUUCGCUCUGCCCGCACCCCGCGACCCUUGCGCCUCGCCCCGUCUCCUGCGGGGAGCGCUCGGACCGCGACCUCCCCCGCGGCGGUGCCAGUCGCUCCCCUGCACCCCGGAGCUCCAUCGGACCGCAGUCCUCCCGAGACAGGGGGAGGGAGAGGACUACGUGCCGGAGCCCACACCGGACAGGACUGAGCUGCCGGAGGCGGCUCUGCCUGUGGAGCUGGACAUGGUGUCGCUGGAGCGGUUGGUGGAGGUGGAUGAGGAGGAGCCUGUGGCCGAACCCAUGGACUGCAGCCGAUCGCCCGUCUACACCGAGGAAGUCCUGGACACCACAGUGGACCGACCCCUCCUCCCCUCCGCCUCCUCCUCACGGACCAAUGGGUGGCGCCUUCCCAUCUCCAACGGACCGCCGUCCCUCCCGCCUCUGCCCCGGCUGGAGAACAACAACUGCUCGGGGCUGGUGAUAGCUCAGCAGCUGCGCUGGGGCCAGGGCCGGCAGAGUAACGGUCAGAGUGGCUCGCAGGUGCUGUCGGCGGAUCCGAGCAGCCCUGCCGAGCAGGACGAGGUCACUUCCUGUCCCAGCUGCUGCCUGCUCGGCCUCAGCUUCCCCUCCGUGUGUCUCCGGGGCACGCAAACCAUGCCGGCGCCCCGUCGACGUGCUUCGCUCCCCCGGCAGCGUUUGUACCGCAACCUCAACGGCACCGUCACCAGCGGGAGCAGUUCUUCGUCCUCGUCUCCGUCGCCCGCCAUCGCAACCAAGACUCUUUUGCCUCGCGGCACCAACGGACUGAUGCUAGGAGCCCCUGUGCCCCGUGAGCCGGGGCGAUCGUUGCCCGAGGCCCAGACGUAGACCUCCAUCUGCACACAAAGUAGCUGCACAAAAGCUGGUGCCACCUGGUGGACAGGAGAAGACGAGCAGGCGGUCUGAACGCGUCCAGCAAUAACCCACACAGCAGAGGGAAUCCAGAUCCCCGAGUCUUUGAGACAGAAAAGUGUCCGGUGACAGUGUUGUGUGGAAGGGUUUGGAGUGGAAGCAUUUGUUGUAAAUAGUUUUGCUCACGGUGACGUCGCUGUGUGACUCGCUGCUCACUAGACUGUCGGAUUUUCACCGCCUGCUUUUUAACUCUAAAUGAAAGUGAUUCCGUCCACUGAUUUGUAAUGACUAGAAAUAUUUAUACAAGUUCAUAAAAGGUCUUUCCACUUGGUGAGUGUGAGCCAGAGUGUGUCGCUGCUUCUCAACUUGUGUGUGAUCUCUUGCCUGCUCUGAGCUUGUAACUCUUUUGUGUCGGUGAACGAGUUUGUGUACUAUAACUCCUCGGUUAGGAACGUGUGUGUCGUUACUCUGGCGUGGCAUAGGAAGCACAACGUGUGUGUCUGUGCUUGGGAGGUGGACCAGGUGAGGCGUGCAGUUGGUUUUGAAUGUUCUCAGCAGUUUGAUGUUUCUUCUGUUACACAGUCGAGCUAGAAAACGUGCAAUAAUCUGGUAAUAAAAAGAUGACUUGAGCAAUAACGUGGCUUAUAGUUGAUGUCCGCUGCUCUGCGACACACACACACACACACACACACACACAUCUGUCUGUGGUGUCUACUUCCAUUCGAAGUAAACUGUCCAAACCUGGUCUGUAUACAGUGGAGUCAAGUCGAUU